GGUGCGGGUGGGCUCCUCCCUACGAAGCGCCGUGCGCCGAGCUCCGAUGUCUUAUUAAUGAAUGGAGCGUCUCUGAGGCAGCCCGCUGCUCGGCCACGGAGCUGAAGAGUAAACUGCAACAGAAACACACACAGAGCUGAAGAGUAAACUGCAACGGAAACACACACGGAGCUGAAGAGUAAACUGCAACGGAAAACACACACGGAGCCGGCCAUGAAGAAACGCCACAGACAGGCUCACGUCGCCGACGCCACGGGCGACAGGAAUCCACCACCUCAGCCCGACGUCCGGGCUCCCCCUAUCCCCACCCCCCCCCCACCCUCCAUCAGCCCUGACCCCCUCCAAGUCAGGCACCCCGGCGCUCCCCCUUCCAUCGCCCGCCACCCGACGCUCCAUCUCCAUGGGCGACUUCCGGCGGGUGACAGCGGCUCUCUACGGCUCCGAGAACCCCCCGACGUCCACCACCGCGCCCUCCUCCAAGAUGGUGACCCCCAGCUCCAGCAUGGAGUUCGAGGCGGCCCGCCGGCGCCUCCUGGAGAUGGAGGAGCGGCAGCGCGUCAUCCGGGAGAUGGAGCGCCGCCUGGAGGAGCUCCGCGAGGUCUUCGUGCGUUCGGAGCAGGAGGCCGUGCAGCACGGCGAGGUGGUCACGCGCAUCGCCUGCGCCGCCGAGCAAGGGGAGAUGCUCACGGCCGAGAACAGCCAGAGGCUCAAGAAGGGCCUACGCUUCCGGAAGCACCGGCCGACCAUUGUCUUCUCCUCCAUGCUCGGACUCCGCACGUGCCUGCCCUGGCCCGUCAAGCUCAAAUGACCCGCAGACCACAGACCGCCGCUGUCCUGCUCCCCCCGUGAGCUCCGGUUUGCUCCUUGAGGCUGGUCCUCUGCAGAAUCACAGGGGGGCUAUGCUCUAAGCAGGGCCGUUUGAAGCCAAAAGGUUGUUGUACCAAAUGUACGGACGGGACUCGUGUGGCAGCGGGGAUGUCAUCUCUUUGAUGUGGUUGGUAGAUUAUUUCUUAUUUGCUUUGAUGCUCGUUGGAGGGAGCAAAGAAGAAUUCGAUGUGGGAGUCAUGAAAGAGGUCAUGACAGGGAGCUGGUAUUAGGUGUUAGGUAACAAGGAAACUUGUUUCUUUUCUCUUUAGAUCUUAAGUCACACAGAGAGGAAUAAGAGGGUUAUGCAACCAAGCAGGGACUUAUAGGAGAGGAGAGAGGAAAAAUAUGCCUUUUCAACACGCUGAAGGUAAACAAGGGAAGUAAAGGUUUGACACAGGUAUUUCUUUGGCGUUUUGCUGCAUUGUUCCAUAUAUCCAGGAGGACAGAGAGUGAGAGAAAGACUAACUGGAAGAGGAGUGCGGGUAUCGCAGGGGGUAGCGAAGAGCUUUGGGAUUCCCGGGGCACACCCACAGAACGUCCAGCUCAUCGGUUUAGCACUGAAGAUCAAGUCCCCAGUGGAGUCGUCAGCUCUCUCAGCUCUGAGAGAAAGUAGUUCCUUCAAAGAAACUUCCACCCGUGGCCUCUCUGUUGUCACCUGGCAAUCCAGGUGACAGCUAUCUCCCUAUUAUAACCUUUCAGAAUGUAUCCUAGAAAUGCUGGGUCCUUCGGGAACGAGUGUUCUGGAACAACAUGUUUAUCUGCUGAGCGAUGGACAACAGCAUUGCUGGCACAGCUCUUAAUGCCUUUAUGGUUCAUUGAGGGUUGCAUUAGUCAUGCCAGGGCCAAAGACACAGUAACUGAUAGGCAUGAACCUACAGACUGUGGGGGGAGGAGAUGACGUGCGAGGCUGGGGGGGUGUCUAACGUAAUUGUUUGUACUCCCCUGUUAUUGUUACGGCAACUGAGUCGGUCACGUGAGCGACGGAGAGGUCAAAGAAGCAGCCAGAGAGAUCAAUGAGCAAAUAGAGCCAUUUAAUGUUAUUGACGUAAUCGCAUUGUAACCCCUUGCAAUUAACGCCCUUUGUUCGUUGGGCAGAUUAAGGGAGGAGGGUUAACUGAAGGACGCGACGAGCAUCGAGGCCAGCGCUAACUUUUUGAAAGGGGUUCUGUGUUCCCUGCGCACAGCGCGUCAUCCGCGUUCGGUGUAGGUGACCUGAUUCUACUGAGAUCAGCCUGUUCUUCGCUCGCUCACGCGGUUAGUUUUCUCAUUCCCCCUCCCUCUGUUGUUCCGUACCCAGCUUCUUCUUUUUUUGUUUUUUGCUUCCGUGUAUGUGGGUGCGUGUGUGUGCAUCGAAGGCACAGGCAAUUCAUUAGGGGGAUCUAUUUUUAUCAGUCGUAGGUUAUGUCAGGCUAUCUCUGUGCUACAUGAAUUGUAAUGAAUUGUUAACUAUGAUAGCUUCUGGCAGGGUUUUGUAUAAACUGAUGCUAUAACUGAACAAACAAUGCAUAAAAUACAGGACAUUGGAGUUGUCCUUGUUAAAUUGAUGCUGAUACACAGUGAGUGUGCUGAAAGUAGAACAUGAUUAGUACCCUUUUAUGCUAAUCUUGUUUCAAAAGAAUGAACCUGUCAUUGUGUGGGCAAAAAACUUACAUACUUCCCGACAUGGUAGGCCUACUCGCCACGAUAAUUCUGCUCAACUGUCUGUCAAAUGUUUAUGGUGCAAUUUAACAGCUUAAAUAUUGUUUGCAAUGUAACAUUUACAUAAUUGGACAAUGGGCAACAAACUACACUAUUUUAUUUUUGUAGCGUAAUUUUGACGUUUUGCUAAAUCAACGUCUUGCUUUGAUGACGUUAUGGUGAUGCCAGGUUGCUGUGACUGAGUCCUUAGGGGUACAAGUCAAGAUCAGGAUUUCGUAUUGGCACAUUAUCUGCCAUUAAGAGUCGUUCUAGUAAUUGAAAUGAUCAAAUGUAUGCCUAUGUAUUGUCAUUUAAUGAGAACAACUCACUUUCAGGUUAUAUACUUUUACAGGAUCCUUGCUGUUCGGUCCUUUUUUUCAACUAUUCGCAACACUAUUGCUAACUAUUGAAAGGAAAAUGUAGGAUAUAGGCUACGGACUUUCAGCUAAAAUGUCCACUGCUUUGUCUUUAUUUCUGCCCUAACUAAAACCUUUUCGGCUCAGCAAGCUACGCUAUUGUAGUCCACUUUAUCAGCGUCGUUUCGAAGAUGGGUGCAGAAGCCAGCCUCCGUGCUCAAUCAGCUGAGUCUUGCGUCAGGGAAAUCUGCUGCUUAGUUGCGUCGUUUUCGACCUGCGUAAGUUUUACAGUCGACUUGCCAAAGCUAAGGGCGAAGACGCGAUUGGGUAGUCAGCAUGUAACACCUGGGCAUUGUUUGUCGAAAGCAAGGGCUGUUUCUCUUAUUUUUAGAAAGCUAAUGUGUUGAAAGAGCUUCGGUGAGCGGACUAAAAUGCAUGCUCGACUUUUUUUGAGAGGGAUGCGAAGGACAUCUGCUCUGUUCUUACAUGGUAAAUAAUCUUGAAUAGGGUCCGUUACUGUUAUUUCUGAAACCAGAGACAAGCAGAAUUUCUAUUGAAGGCUGCAGACUCAAACACCUUAAUCCUGUCCAUAUGUGCAUAUAUAACUACAUGACACUAUACUGUAAGCCUAUAACAUGUUUUUCAUUCAAUGCCUUAUGCUAUGCCUCUGUAUAUAUAAUAGUGUGAUUAGGAAUUUAUGACCAUUGUUCUAAUGAUGACGACCAGAACACCCGUGUCCAGGUUGGAUUACAUUGAAAAUGUAACUUGCAAUCUUCUCAGCACUGAAGUGUUUGUUUUGCAUUAAAACAAAAACAUUUCCCAAAGAGCUCUGGGCCCAUUUGCAGAAUGAAUGUAAUGUUUAAACGAUCAUAUAUGUAUAUAAAUAUAUAUGAUGAUUUAAAUAUAUAUAUAUAUAUAUAUAUAUACAUACACCCCCUUAACUGUUUAGGGACCGUAGUUUAAUAUACUGUUCAACUCAACAAACCUUUAUCAAAAACAAUUAUGUCUUGUCCUAACCUCAGGGUUAUUGAAAUAAUUCCCCUUUCAUCAGCAAAAUAGAGUUCAGAUACAUUUCACAUCUAAAAGGCCUAUGAUAAUUGAAGGACAGUUACCCACAGAAAAACCUCGUCCCCAGGCUGUUUGUGCAUCGAGCAUAUUGGGGCGGACGUGUCUGGGAAGAAGAUUACCCUGAGAAAGUUAAAUAGUUCUGUGUUUUUAAUUUCAAAGGCUUUCAUUAGCGAUAUGCCAGAUUAGAUUUAAAUGUUGAGUUAACAUGGUGUUAAAUCCAUAAAACACGGUAGAAAAUGUUCUUAAGUCUAUGCCAAGUCUACUGACCUCAUCUGUCACAUAGUAAUGUCUCACCAAACUUGGUCAUUGUCAGGCAGCACAAACAGAUUGGCCUACUCAAACAGAUUUUUUGGCCUACUCAAACAUAUUGGCCUACUCACAGCCAAUGUAAUGUAAUCCAAAUUGACAACUUUUCUGCAUCAAUCAUAGGUCUAAAAAGGUUUUAUGACAAUAUUACUUUACCAUUGUGUAUAUGAAUGUAUUUAUCUAUUCUGUUGAAUAAUUUGUGUGAUGUGAAAGUGUUUCAUUGUGUUAAAAUAAGGACAUACCAUACAGUUGCGUUUACACAGGUCCGAUUCUGAUUGUUGAUCUUUUGCCAGUAAUUGGACUGCCAGUAAUUGGACUGCCAGUAAUUGGAAAGCAAAAUUGUAUUUUAUUUUUUUCAAACUAAUUUAAAUCUGUUUAUUGAUGUCCAUAUUGACCUUGAAAAUAAGUUUAGAUAUUUUAAGCUCUACUGAUAACAUGUCAUACUUAACUUUCAACAAAAGAAACACACCAUGCUUAUUGCUUUACAUAAAGCUUUGCAUUAUGGGAUGUUUUUGCUGGUGAUACAGAAACGUUUAUGGUGAUUCUCCAAACCUAAUAGGCUUUAAGGCAGGUAUGUACUUUAAAGAUAUGAAAAAUAGAUAAACUUUUUUUUUUUUUUUUUUUUUACAUGAUUCAGGAUGGUUUCUACUCGGUCCUGCGAGAGAUUUGGCCUGUUAUACUGCAGGUUUAAAGAGAGAAAAGGCUGAGGUGGACUAGGGACUUUUAUACUGACUUAUUUACCCCCGUUUCAGGUCAAUUGGGAAAGUGAAACUAAAUUCCUCUGGUUCUUUCCCUGUGUAUCUUAUUCUCUUAAUCAUUCCCUUAGAAGUCACAUGUUAUUCUUUCAUGGGCAGACAGUGAGCGACAGUGUUUAAUUUGACAUGUUGACACUGUGUCCUGUAGAAAGCCAGGAGAAUGGAUUACGUGAGAUAUGGACCACAUACGUCCAAAGGGUCCCUUUUGGAACAUUCUUCUUGAAAAGGCACUGAAAAGAGGUGCAUCUCACUCUGCCUAUACGGUCAACUCUGAAGAAUGUAAGUAGUGGUCACGUUCUGAAUGGCUUCUCUUCUCCAACUCCUCUGUUCUGAAUGUUCACAGGGAGCCUUUGAUGUAUUGAACAAUAAACGUUGACAGGAAAUUGUCAUUUGUGUGUGUUGGUACAUCACAGUGCAUCAAUGGAAGCUGAGAGGAGGACAG